AUCUCAAUAGCUUCAUUCUUUAAUCUUCACUUUUCCAACUCACCAAUUUCUUAUCUCUUCUUCCCAAAGCCAUUACGCCUCCUUGCUUCCUUUAUAAUCAUCUCCCUACCUUCCCUCAUUUCCACCCUCUAAAGAAAAAUUCAACAUCAAUAUCAAUAAAUAGGAACAAAUCUCUCUGUGUCUGUGUGAGUGAUUAUUAAAAAAAAAAAAAGAAUGUCGGAUUGGGGGCCGGUAUUCGUGGCCGUUGUGCUUUUCAUCCUUUUAACGCCCGGAUUGCUGAUUCAAGUACCGGGGAAAAGCCGGUUCGUGGAGUUUGGAAAUUUUCAGACAAGCGGAGUCUCCAUAUUGGUUCAUUCAAUUCUCUACUUUGCUCUCAUUUGUAUUUUCUUGCUAGCUGUUGGUGUCCACAUGUAUAUUGGUUCUUGAUCCUAGUUACAAAAAAUUUAAUAAUCAAAAUAGUGAUUUUAAGUGUGUGUAUUAACUGGGUUUUGUGAUUAAAUUUUAGGGUAAUUAACGUUUUUUUUUUUCAGAAAUUAUAAUUAUAUCUACUUGGAGUUUUUUUUUUUUUUUCUUUU